AUGUUACGAAGCUGCAGCGCAUGCCGGAAGCACGCGUACGCGCAACCGAGCGAACCGAUCAUUUCGAGACCAACGCCGCCUCACGCGUGGUACCGGGUGGGCGUGGACCUUUUCCAGUACGGGGGAAAUUCUUAUUUGUGCGUCUUUGAUGCCCUGACGAAUUUCCCAGAAGUGGAACAGUUGAGUGACACUACGGCAAGGACCGUGAUUUCCAAACUGAGUGCUAUUUUCUCAAGAUAUGGGAUACCUGUAGAGGUGUGCACUGACAAUGGGCCCCAGUUUUCUUCUCAUGAAUUCUUUCUUUUCGCAUCCCGGUACGAUUUCAACCAUGCAACAUCGAGUCCCGGAUUUCCCCGCUCCAAUGGACUUGCCGAGAAAGGGGUGCAAAUUGUAAAAAGAAUUGUGAAGAAGACGUCGGAAACCCGAGACGACCUCUGGCUGGGUCGUCUGGCCUAUCGCACUGCUCCUCUUGAAGAUGGUCGGUCUCCAGGAGAACUCCUCCAGGGAAGAAGACUUCGCACUCCCCUACCAGACUUCACGCAAGAACCCUGCUCCCCAGUAUUCAAGCGAAACCCACCCGACGCGCGGAGGAGAACUUUGCCGCCGCUAAGGAAGGGAGAUGUCGUCCGGAUUAAAGGCAAACAGUGGAUUCGACGAGCCCAGGUCGUUGGCAAGCUAGCACCGCGGUCUUACCAGGUAGUCACAGAAGACAACCAGCUGCUGCGGCGCAAUAGGCAGCAUCUGCUCAGGACGCGUGAACCUUUCCUGCUUGGCACAACUGAAAGCAGUGACUCGGACAACGAGGACGCAGCCGAGAGAAACGAGCUUUCGCCACCGUGCUCAGCCGGUCCGGCUUGUACACUGCCAGCGGGGACAGUCGGCACGUCCAGCUCGACAACAGCAGCGCCGGCUUCUAGGCGAUCAGCACGUCCAACACGUCAGCCGCGUCGGCUGUACUACGAUGCUAAUUUUCAGCAAGUGUGUUAA